AAAAUGUCACGUUCCUUCUUAGUAGAUACGUUAAUCAGUGAACCGAACGACCGCAAGAAGAGUGAAGUGUCCAGUCCCUUGCACAGUUACAAUCUAAUGAGCCAAAUGGAUCCACGUCCCAAGAUUUUACCGUAUCCAUAUCCAUUAAACAAUUUGCUCACUCUGGGCUUACAACAGCAAAGAGCACCGGAUUUAUUCAGGCCGUUUUUAGAACAUCUGAAUUUUAGAUAUCCGCUCAUACAUCAAUUACCGCGUCAACCAGAGUUCUACGAACCGGCGCAAAGUGAGCGAUCUUUUGAGGGAUACGUGAAAACGGAAGAAGAGCCAGUGAAUUUUGUGAGUAGGAGGAAGAAGUCUGUGUCGCCGUAUUUGCAUCAUCCUUACAAGGCGACCGCGACAUCUCCGUCGAAGAGUCAAGGUCAGAGAUCACCUUCAUUGUCAAGUGAAAGUCGCAACGGUACUCCAAGCCCUCCGCUCGCUCAUCCUGAAGAAUUACUGCCCGGCUACUCCAAGGAUCUAAAACGAGUGCCUCUUAAAGAAGAUUCUAGUAAGAGAAUAAGAACAGCUUUCACUGGGACACAACUUCUCGAAUUAGAAAGAGAGUUUUCUAUGAACAUGUAUCUUUCAAGAUUGAGGCGUAUUGAAAUUGCGUCUAGACUGAAGUUGUCAGAGAAACAAGUGAAGAUUUGGUUCCAGAACCGUCGCGUUAAGCUAAAGAAGGAAGAAACUCCAAUGAGCGCUGAUGGGAGGACUAAAAAGUGCUGCUGUACAAAAUCUUCUUGCUCCAAGAAUUCCUUCGACUCGUGUGACAAUGAACAAAUUGAUGUAGUCAGUGAUAAUGACACUAGUUAUGAAGCUCAGAAUUUGUCACGAUACUCUUGA